UUAGCAAUCACAAGCAUUUGGCGUUGCCAGACCGCUAAAAAUGCAGCAAAAUGACGGCGAUACCACACAUUAGUUAGGGUAUUAAUGCGUUUUUCUAAUACACGCAAUGGUCACACUGGAAAGAAAGCAAAACGAAAACAUAAGCUGCUACAAAUUGAACAAAAUUAAUGCUGAAUAGUAAUUAACAAAUUAUGAGCGCCCAUCAUAGGCCACUGGACGAGUCAGAUGUAGUGUUAAUACGCACGAUACGUUCAACACCAUCACUCUACGACCACAGACAUGGCGACUUUCGCCUAUCGCAAAGAAAAGAAGAGGAUUGGGCUAAAGUGGCUGAAACCCUAAACAUUUCGUCGCCCGAUGCACGACGCAGAUGGACGUGUCUACGAGACCGCUAUUCGCGAGAGCUGAAACAAAUGCGCUUGCAUCCGUCCUCGGAAUUUGGUCGAAAUGAAUUCUUUAGGCAAAUGGACUUUUUGCGGGAGUUUGUGCGUAAGCGUCGUGAGAGAAGCCGUCGCGAUGAUACGCCAACAAAUUGGCUCAAAACUGAGGUGCGAACAGUGAAAUCAAAAUCACGUCCAGAGCCGGAUACACUUAUUGAGCAGGACUUGGAUGAGUCGCAGGUGUACGACGAUUGUGAUCAUAACUAUGACGCUGAUGCCAAGCUGGAAGUGCAAACGACGCAAUCGGAAAGUUAUUCGGUGCUCGUGGAAGCGGACGAUGGAGACGGACAUGAUUCAUAUGAGGAGUAUAUGGGCGAUUCCGAAUCAGCUGAUCAAAAAGUCUUGCCCCCGUUGCAACAAUCGCCAUCCAUGGUCACAGUCCACAACGAUUCAACGACAGCGGGCAAUGUGUCCACGACUGGUGCGUCCCCGUCUGAUGCUGGCCAUUCUCAGACGGACAUUGGCUUUAUGGUCUGUAUGCCGAAUAUGAGAGUUGAACAGGAGCAUUUGCCACCAAUUAAGCCAGAAGCAUCUCCAGGCUUUGAGGCAGUUACUGCGCCAGCUGCCACCACUGCGUCCAAUGAAACUGAAGACGAUUUCUUCUGUAAAUCCGUAGCAGCCUAUCUGCGACAAUUGUCGCGUCGACACAAGAUAAAAGCAAAAGUGGAAAUGUACCAGAUCUUGGAGAAGUACAUAUUGCUGGAGGAGUCCGCGACGACGCCAGGGACGAGUCACAAUGGUUGAGCAGGAUUACAUAGC